CAAUAAUACAAGAAUCUUUAAGCCAUAAACAUAGAUUUAUAAAUACCUAUAUACAUAACCAUAUAUUUCCUUGUUUAACAUCAGAAACUACUUCAUCAGUCUUUGAGCUAUUCUCGACAAACCAAGUCUGUUCAAAAUGAAAUUAUUGGCUUCAGUAUUUUUUACAUUAGCAACACUGGUAUUUAUCAGUGAAAGUGUUUACAUUUACUCCAGUUUCUGGGCACCGUUGUUUAAUCCGAGGAUUCUAAACUACCGUGUGGAUGCUGAGUUUGAUCCUAAUGGAGGCAAAAAUGGGAGAGAGGAAUACCAAAGACAAUUCGGUUAUAGAGGAGAGAAUUUGAUCGCUGAUCUUGGCAAUGGAUAUGGUGCAAGGAAUACUUAUGAUAAGAAGGCACAGAAUGAUGUGAAGUUCUACUACACUUUUAACCAAAACUAUCAUCUACAGUAACAUUUAGAAGUGAACUCUUUUCAUAAGUAUUUAAGUUUAUAUUUAAGUAAUAAAAGAAAUGGCUAACCUUUAAAGUUUAUUUCAAGAACCUUAUCAA